AUGAAGAUUUAUAUAAAUUUAUCAAUAGCCUUAUUAUUACUCUUGUUUUGCUCAAGCGCUUUGGGGUUCGAUGAGGUGAGACCAGAUAUCCAGAAUGUCACUGAUGAAGAUAUAGAAAAACAUCACCGUUGCCAUGACAACAAAAAAGGUUAUGAAUCUGCUUACGCUGUAACCUCAUUCAAUGGUCUCUUCCCAAGUGGAAAUGGUACAUAUGUACCAACAUCAUUCCAAGAAUUUGGUUUCUUAUCUGUAGAUUUCCAUCAAAGAAGAAUGAUGAUUCGUUAUUUCUUCCGUAUGUCCGAUGGUUGUUUCAAUGGAACUAUCUGGGCAUUCAACAAGACCAACACCAUGUAUCUUUACCAAGAUGGUAGUUGCAAGAAGUUACCAUUAUCCUUUGAGGUUCCGGGUGGAUUCCCAAAGCACCAUGUUCACUACUGGGGCAAAACUCAUCUCGGAGCUUUCCCAGUGAUCUUGUUGAGAGUAGAUGCAAGCGUAUCACAGAAUCUAGUCAAUCAAACCGUAAUAUUCGAUCCUCACGGAUGUGCACCGGUCACUACCAUCUCCAAGAAUCUCGAUCCAAAACAUGUCGGUUACUCCAACAUGGAGUUCUUUGAGUACAAGAGCAACUUUGACAGCAAACACUUCAAACUUCCGUCAGAGUGUAACGCUGACGAUGAAGGAAUCGACAACAACAAUGACUUUAUCUCUGUAUCACACAACAAGAACAAUCAUCAUGAACAAGAUGAACAUGAACAUACCAAGAAGACACCACUUUCCUCAAUUAUUUAUCAAUGUGUCGUGGGGAUCAAAAUUUAUCGUGAUACUUCAAAGUUUGCAACAAUUAUUAUUCUUCAAGUAAAGAUUGUAUUUAAAGAGUUUUUCAUUCAAAUAAGUAGCACUCUUUUUCAUGCGAUUCUAAACAAAAUAGUUUUCUUUAGUUUGGAAUCCUAUAAGCAACAUCACCAUCAUCCACCCUUUACUUGCAUAUGCAAUCACAUCUAUUGCUUACAUAUAAAUAAUUGCAAGCCAAAACAAGUUAGAUGCCAUGAAUCAACUUUACUUUCCACAUUGUUAUUAAAAACUAUGGAACCAACAGGUUUUGGUAAUAGUCAUAGUCAUAGUAAUGCCGGUGGUAUGACAAGCAGUAUAUCAUCAGAAGACAUUCUUUCACAAUCGAAUCAUCCAAAUAGCAGAAGAAGUCCAUUUCAAGCAUUGAAACAUACAAAUGGAUCUAAUCAUAUCAAUGGAUUAUCUUUUUCGAUCAGUCAUUCCACCAAUGGUCAUUCAUCAAGUCCGACACUAAACGGUCACAGUUCAUUAAACUCGAGUGGAGUACACGCUCAAACACCAGAGAUUCGUGUAAAGAGUCCACAUCAAUUUAAACCAUAUAGAUCUUCCUCUCCAUGUGUAUUCUGUGGUGAGAAUGUAAGUUCAAAUCAAAUCAAAAUCAAUCAGAUAGAUUAA